AUGCAUCCCCAGCUUGACCCUACAAUCUACACCGUGUUUCGUGCCGGCGAAUGCUUCGGCCAAAACAUAAUAAUCGCAACUCUUCCCGCCGGCCAAAAGUACGGCACAGGUUCCGCUGCGGCGCUGGCAAAUCAGGUUAAAAAGUUCUUUCCCAAUCUCUGGUUCGGGCUCCUCCUCGGCGUCGCCGCCGGCCUCCCGAACCUCUCCCGCACCCCACUAUGUGAUAUUCGGCUCCGCGACGCACUCCUGGAACUCUCGGAUGGCGAAAGUGCGGGCUUGGUCGCGUAUGACCUCGGGAAAGAAACUACGGAUGGUGGGUUCCAGCCGUUACCCCGCGGACAAGUAAUGGCCACUAUCGAGACAAUAAUCCGGUCGGCCAUCGGCAGCAUUAUGCAAGACGCGCCCGAUGACGCGAAGCUUUGUUUGAAGUUUUAUGAGGCAAUCAAAAACAAAGAGCACGCAGCGGGUACGUUUGCCGACCCAGAUCAGCAACAUGACAAGCUUUACGUGACUGGAAAGGACGGAGUGGAGACGAAAAGGGAAGAGUUGCGAGACACGUACGAUCUGAUCGGCCUGGAAAUGGAGGCGGCUGGUACGAUGAAUCGCAUCCCUGUCGGUGUAUUCCGCGGCGCAUGUGACUAUGGCGACUUGCACAAAAACAAAGACUGGCAGCCGUACGCCGCAGCGAAGGCGGCUGCGUAUGCCAAGGCUGUGUUACGGGAGGUUUCGGCAAGUUCAAGCUCUGCAAGCGACCUAGCUGCGCCGUCCCCUUCUGCGAGCCCCAUGCACUCUGUAUCCGAUGGAUCGGUUACUGGCCGGGACGUGAUGGCUGGGGUAUCAAUGAACGGGAUAAACACUUUCAACUUUUCUUAA